AUUUCUCCACUACCGCACUCUCUCUAUCUCUCAGAAACCAAAACACACACAACACACACUCUCUCUCUAAAAAUCAAAAUCUGCAAUGGCGUCCCCGCGAGAGGAGAGCGUGUACAUGGCGAAGCUCGCCGAGCAGGCCGAGCGUUACGAGGAGAUGGUCGAGUUCAUGGAAAAGGUCGUCAACGCCGGGGACGGCGACGAGCUCUCCGUGGAGGAGCGCAACCUCCUCUCCGUCGCCUACAAGAACGUCAUCGGCGCCCGACGCGCCUCCUGGCGCAUCAUCUCCUCCAUCGAGCAGAAGGAGGAGAGCCGCGGCAACGAGACGCACGUCUCCGCCAUCAAGAGCUACAGAUCUAAGAUCGAGACCGAGCUCUCCAACAUCUGCGACGGCAUUCUCAAGCUCCUCGACACCAAGCUCAUCGGAUCCGCCUCCAACGGCGAUUCCAAGGUCUUCUACUUGAAGAUGAAGGGCGAUUACCACCGCUACUUGGCGGAGUUUAAGACCGGCGCCGAGCGCAAGGAAGCCGCUGAGAAUACUCUCUCCGCCUACAAGUCCGCCCAGGACAUUGCUAAUACCGAGCUCGCCCCUACUCAUCCAAUCCGUCUCGGCCUGGCACUGAACUUCUCGGUCUUCUACUACGAGAUCUUGAAUUCCCCUGACCGUGCUUGCAAUCUUGCUAAACAGGCUUUUGAUGAGGCAAUAGCUGAGUUGGACACUCUUGGUGAGGAAUCCUACAAGGAUAGCACCUUGAUCAUGCAGCUUCUCCGUGACAACCUCACCCUGUGGACUUCGGAUAUGCAGGAUGAUACUGCUGAGGAGAUCAAGGAAGCACCUAAGCCCGACAACGAGUAGAAAUGGGUUUUGUGGUUUAGGAUUCUCCCGUUCGGGUGAUGUUGCUAUCAUCUCUCUCUACAUAUUUCUGUUGAAGGAAUCAAGAAUUGCUGGUUGUAGCAUGUAGUUAGGCUAAUAGUCUCUUCUUUGGUGAUGUCCAGUUUUAGAUGGGUUUCUCACUCAUGUGCUUGUGAUUUCUUAUCUUUGACAACUUUCCUAAAGAUUGAUAUUUGGUGUCCUCUUAUUUAUCUUUUCACAAAAGCAAAAAUCAUCUAUAUCUCUAUUGUCGUUCGAA